UAUCAGUUUGAUUGAUUUGCUUGUUUUUGCAAAUUUAGUAUAAUUACUUAGGAAAAAAGCUUGUUUUGGUCUUUUACCAUAUUGUCUUGAAGACAUUCCAGGAUUAGACGUGAAAUUGUUGCUUUUUGUAUGAUAUGAUCGACCAGAUUAUUACCAUAUUCAAUAAUUUUGAAUGUGAUUAGAAAUCGCAUCUCGUAUGCCCUGUGUUGGAGACAGCUCGAUGGAGACCCAGAGAAAAAAACCUCUAAAUUGGAUACACAGCUUCGACAUCAGUGAAACGAGAAGACAUAAAGGAUACACCAUCUACAAAAUUACAUCCAUAGUCUUUCCUCGCUACCUACCGGAGGGCCUCACUAGCGUUACCUUAUGGAAGCGAUUCAGUGAUGUGAAAAAGCUGUUCAAAGAACUGUCCCGUAAACAUCGGGAUCGACAUCUUUCUGGUACUAUUCCGCAACUCACAGAGAAGACUUACUUCAAACGAUUCGCUCCGGAGGUUAUUGAGGAACGAAAAAAAUACAUUCUCGAUUUGUUGAAUUUUGCUGGAAAGGAACCGGCCCUGUACCAGUCUUAUGCUUUCAUAAAAUUUUUCGAACGAGGUAUUUCACCGGAGGGCUCUCCGGUAAAGGGAGGAAAUAUAGCGGCAAUUUGCGAAGAUUUGGCUAUUCCGAUUCCAACUGAGAUUAGCCUGAUUGAUCCUACCCGGGAUGAGAGCGAAAAUAGUGCAAGUGAGGAAGAACGUGUGGCUGAUAAUUUAAGUACUGGGGAGUCCGUUCGGACGGCGAAUGAAUCCAUGGCAGAUUCAAUGGUGUCACAGUCAAGCAGUGUGCAUUCCGGGGUAGAAUCAAUCGCGGUGCAGACGAGGGAGAAAGAGGUAGAAAAUGAUCAGGACGCUUCAGUGGACUAUAUCGUACAGGCAGCGAUGAUUUUCAGCAAAGCGGCUCAAGCGGAAGCAAAUGGAAGCUACAAAAUUGCCUUUUCCGAGUACAAAGCAGGAAUUGAUAUACUGCUUUCAGGAGCAAAAAAUGACUUCCACAUCACACGGAAAACGAUGGCGAAGGAGAAAACAUGCAAAUACGUUGCCCGGGCUGAGGAAAUCUAUGAAAAAUAUCUCCUGAAUCAGGAGGAUGAUGAAACUCUUCAGUUGAGUCCGAUUUCUUUCGAUGAUCCUAGCUCGCCAAUUCAAUUGCUAGAGCGACCGCUGAACUAUCUUUCCCGGUACAAAGUGGUUCGUGUUAUUGAUGGACGCGUCAUGCAGGUACAAGAUGUCACGGAUAAAAAGUUCUACAUAAUGAAAGGGAUUCGAAGACCGCCCGGUGGUUUCUCGCAAGCACUUUUUCUUCCACAUGAUGUCCCAUACAUGGUUCCGCUAGCAGCAUACUUUCAGUCGGAAUCCAGUGUUUUCCUAUUACUAAAAUUGAUCUGUGGUGGAAAACUAUGGGAUUACAUUUCAUCCUAUAAGAAAUCGGAAGAUCUCGUAGUUGAAACGACGGAAGAAGUCGAAACAACGAUAGAGCAGAGUAGCCCGGAAUCGGAAAGCAAAACUAAUGAAUCUUCAAAUGAAUCAGACUCCAGUCAAGCCGCUGGAUAUGAUUCAGGUUUCAUUGAUCUCGUAAAUGAUUAUAAUAGCAAGAGAACCUCCGAGGACGGGGCUGCAAAGACUGAACAGGUACCCGAGGAAGUGGAAGAAGGUCUGGAGGCGAGCAGUAUUGACGAAGUAGAUCGAGCGGAACCGAUAGAAGAAUCACCUUCGGGUUACAUUACUUCUUUUGACGUACUCUCGAAGGACAUGGACGUCAGUGAUUUAGUUAGCUGCAGUCAGCAGCUGUUGAAAGCGGUCUCACACACUAUCGAGGAGUCACAGAAACAACCACCGGAGAUUACUGUGGCAGCAGUCGCAGAGAAACCUGAGAGCCCAUCUGGGGUGACAAGUCGUCCGCAGAUUGAUGCUAGUCCUUUAAAGCUAAAAGAUGUAACUGAAGCGCACCCUCUUCCGGAAGGGUGUAUCAAACGGUGGAUUAGCGAGCUUAUCAUUGCCGUCGAUGCCUUACAUUUCAAUGGCAUUAUUUGUGGAGAUUUAAUGAUGGCCAACCUCCUGCUCGGUUCGGAAGGUCAACUGAUACUGACGUACUUCUAUCGGAAGGAAAAGUUUCCCAAUGCAACAACGUUGACGACACAGUUGCGACAGGAAGCGGUCCAGCAGCUGUACGUUGCUCCUGAACGACCGCUGCAAGCAAAGUCCGAUUACUGGUCGGUUGGUGUGAUCCUCUAUGAGAUGCUCACGAGAAAAUCAUUCCAGUCCUGUCAUCCGGCGGGAUUGUUCUGCUAUCACGAGAUUCAGUACCCUGAAGGGGUGAGCAUCUCCGACGAGGCGAAGGAGCUGCUUGAUGGGCUUCUCCAACCUCUACCAGAAAACCGCUUCGACUUCAAAGAGAUUAUUGCGUGUUCAUUCUUCCACUCGAUUGAUUGGAGUGACGUAAAAAAACUAGGCCACGUUAAGUAAAGUACUUUAAUUGGCAGCAAAGAUCACCAAAAUAAGAACGAACUACUACGUACUACUAGACAAAUUAAGACGGAGUGAACAAUUCAUUUGGUGCAAACAACUAGACAAGGAAGCAUAAACCAGAAGAAAAAUCAACUGCAUAAUCGUAUUAGUGUGUUGCCGGCAGUUUACGAUUGUUUCGAAAUGAAAUAAAUGUUUAUACAGACUA